GGUAAAGGUCGAAGGUGGUGUUAGAAAUAAUGGCUGUCGCUUUCGCUGUGAUAUCUUUGUUGACUAUGAGAUGCCGACAAUCCCACAAUGCUCCGUUGCAUUAAUACUAGAUUUUGUCUUGUCUUUUACUGACUAUGAUGGAUUACAGAGCCGUCCUGGAGUUUGCUACAUUCACUAGGGCUGCCUCGUUGAUUUUGCAGGCUCUCUUGAACGCUGCCAUCCCUGACCACGAUGCUGAUGCGUUCAAGCCCCCACGGACAGCAGAGCCUCUAUACUUGGAUUCUGCGGUGGAAUGGUUAUUUGGUGGUCUCAGCCACUGGGACGCCGAGCAUUACCUCCUUAUCGCAGAAAGAGGAUACCUCUACGAGCACAACUUUGCUUUUUUCCCGUUUUUCCCCAUCGUCUUGCGGGGCCUGGCCGACACGCUGCUAUGGCCUCUGGGCGGCUGGUUGAGCGUGCGAGGACGUUUACUAGUGGCAGUCGCUCUCGGGAACAGUACCCUCUUCCUGCUGAGCGUGGUGGCUUUGCACGCGCUCAGUCGGGUGGUUAUGCAGGACCGACGUCUCGCCCUGCUUUCCACCUUCCUCUACUGCAUCACGCCUGCCAAUGUUUUCAUGACGGCCGGCUACGCCGAGAGUCUUUUUGCCGCGCUCACAUUUGGGGGGAUGUUCCUCCUGGAAAAAGGAUUCAUCCUAAGAGCCUGCCUGGCAUUCAGUAUCGCCACAGCGGCGCGAUCCAACGGGCUGGUCAACGUCGGCUUUCUUCUGUAUCUUCCAGCCGUGUAUGCCAUCUCGCAGAUCCGUUUAUACCGUUCCUUUGCAAAAGGCUACAGGAAAGUCUUCCACUACAUUUGGGUCAUCAUCCGCCUACUACUUACCUCUCUGCUCGGCACGACGGUCAUCGCCCUUCCCUUCUGUGCUUUUCAGUAUUACGGCUAUAGAACUUUUUGCACACCUACAGCCUCCUUAGACCGCAUCCCCCUGGUUCUUAUAUCCUUGGCUGAGCAGAAGGGCUACCGUAUUGCAGAUGAAAAUAGUCCUCCACCUCUCUGGUGCAUGAGACCUCUCCCCUUAAUUUAUUCUCACAUCCAGGACGUGUACUGGAACGUGGGCUUCCUCCGUUAUUUUGAACUGAGACAAAUCCCCAACUUCCUUCUUGCUUUACCUAUGGCGACUUUGGGCGUAAUGGCAGCUUAUGCUUACUUCCAAGCAAACCCGGAACUGUGUUUCAGACUCGGACUUUGGGAGGCAGGUUCCAAGAAAGGCCUGGACAAACCAAUAGCGGGAUUUUUAAACCCAAGAGUAUUUGUAUAUGUUGUGCAUUCUACUGUUCUCCUGGUGUUUGGGACCUUGUGCAUGCACGUGCAGGUCCUCACCCGAUUCAUGGCCUCCUCAACUCCCGUGCCCUUCUGGAUCAGCGCCCAUCUGCUCCUCCUCAACGAGCCACUUCUCCACCGAAGGAAAACAUCAAUGCCCAACGUUCAGAUUAAGACUCCCGCCAAAAAUGGAUGCAAGAACACGGCUCAAAAUCCCGUCAUUGCGUUGAUAGCGCAUAUUAAAAUGUGCUCUCCCACCACACAAAGCAUCCUGGGCUACUUCCUCUCGUACUGGGUGCUGGGCCUGGCAAUGCAUUGUAAUUUUUUACCGUGGACUUGACUGAGUAAGGCUGAAGAAUGCCUGUGUGAAAUGACAAUUUUUAAUAAUGCACUGCAUACACUGUUACAAAAAACAACAACAUUCUGUCAUGAUAAUAAGCAAAAAGCAUGACAAAUGUGCCUCAUUUGGGUUCGAGAAAGAACUUUGAGUAGAUUAUGUAAAUUACUCGGGAUGGGCAUUUAACUAAAUGACUUGGAGAAAAUGAACAAUCAAUUUAAAGAUUGUUAUUUUUUAAGGAUAUUUUUAGUAGAUCGGGAGAAUCUGUGAAUGUUUUUUUAGUUUGUUUCCAUGCUAGUGUUUUAAUGAGAAAGUCUAGUUUGAUGUUGUCCAUUUUUCCAUUCCAACUACCACAAUCUUCAGAAUUCUCAAUGAUUAAUUUCAUGCUCAUCCUAAACAGCGGAUCAUUUUUAAAAAAAUUUGUUCUUCUCAUUUAUGCACCUUGAAACUUGAAUGUUUACUUAAUUCUUGUCUUUGUAGCACCAGUGAUUCUGGCGGAAAUGCAUUUUGCUACAGAUGCCACUGUGAAUUUGUUUUUAAUCUGACUAUGUGGAUGUGUUGUUAAUUCAACUUUCAUUUUGAAUAUGAAUUGAAAAUCUGAUAUUAAAUUGCAUGCAUUCUCUG